AUGACUAAGCCAAAGCCUUCGUCCGAUACCCUGGAAGAAUGUGUCGAAGAGGGUAUGGUGGACUAUGAGACCGUCGCUUCGAGUGUCUAUGACCACCUCCAGCUACGCAACCGGCGUGUGACACCACGCGCGUCGCGCCAAAUACAUUCGUGGAACGCGAGGAGGUACCUUCACCCAUUGCACAGCGUGCAGUCGUCGACCCUCUGUCGGGUGUGUCGCACAACACUAUCGGUGAAGAUCAAGCACAAUAAUUUUCAGUCGGCCGAUGACCGCAGUCUUCAAGCACAAUGUGUAGCCACAGUGUAUGCUCACAGUGGUUACCGCUUCACACAACCGACUGUGGAUGAGCGCUUUCGUCAGACUGCCGAAUAG